UGGAUGUAGUGAUGUAGUUAUUGGAUAGUGGAACUGAUACAGGUGGGUAUGUGUCAGUCCAUAUAUCCACCAAAACUGGACAACAAAAUAACACAUUCUCACUCACGUCUUUGAAAACUUUAACCCAUAACAAAAAAAGAACUUAGGUUUAGGCAUUUAGCUUAUAGUAGUAGUUGACAUGAGACACUAGUUUAAUUACCUGUUUGCCCCCACGACAUGGAGGAAGACGACCCGCUGAUCUACCGCCUCCCACAGGACACACUGCAGCAGAUCUUCUCCAGCCUCCCACUCCGGCAGGUCAUAAUCUGCCGUACACUCUCCAAGUUCUUUAACGCCCUUCUCUCCACGCCUUCCUUCCUCACCCUCCUCUCCACCACCCUCCCUCCGCUCCACCUCCUUGCCCUCCGCCACCCGCACCACCACCACCACCCUUCCUCCUCCCUCCACCUCUUCGACCCCGACCUCAACCGCUGGCUCCGCUUCCCCCUCACCUUCCUCCCCUUCCGAAACCCCAACCCUGUCGCCUCCUCCCACGGCCUCCUCUACCUCUGGGCUCUUUCCCCCUCCGACAACACCAAAUCCCUAAUCGCCUGCAAUCCACUCACGCGCCACUUUCGCCUCCUCCCUCACCUCGGCUCCGCUUGGUCGCGCCAUGGCUCCGUCCUCGUUGACUCCUCUAACCGCGUUAUGGUCCUCACCGAACUCGCCGCCCUCUAUUUCUCCGGCGACAACAACCACCAGUGGAUGAAAUUCUCCUCCAAUCUUCCCGCGAAGCCACGGAGUCCGGUCCUCGUCGGAGACCGCGUCCUUGCGCUCUGCGACGUCGGCUCGCCGUGGCGGAACCAGUGGAAGCUCUUUGCGGCGUGCGCCGCCACGGGAUUGAAGUCGUCGUUCUCACUGAACGCGCCGUGCUCGACGAUCUUGAUUCUUCGGCUUGAUUUGACGACGAUGGACUGGGAGGAGGCAGGGAGGAUGCCGCCUGAGAUGUUCCGGUGCUUCAGGGAGUCCAGCAAGUUCAAGGUUUUUGGAGGCGGAGACAGGGUUUGCUUCUCGGCGAAGCGGAUCGGGAAGAAAUUGGCGCUUUGGGAUCGGUCCGGGAGCAGCAGAAAGGUAGGAGGAGAGUGGCGGUGGAUCGAUCACUUGCCGGGAAACGGCGAAGGGCUGUACCGAGGUUUCGUGUUUGAAGGGAGGCUCAAUGCUGUGCCUUGAUCAUUCUCUGUGCUUCAAGGGUAUGUAUGUUGAUGAUGAUGAUGAUGAUGAGCUUUUAUUAUUGUUUUUGUUAAUUGUGAACUCUUUGCUGUGUUGUAAACUUGAAAAUUGUAUCAUUAUAUGUUAUUAUUACUUUUUCUCUUUGCAAGAUUUUCGCUGAUGUUGCUCUGAUAAGCUUGAUUUAGAUGUUUACAAUUUAGAAAACUAGCAGUUUGGUGUUUUAUGAUCAUGCUGAUGAAUCUUAACCUUCAAGCUAAGUAUGGGCUAUGGACUUGAUUCUAAUCAAAUUGGCCCUGUGAUAGCUUAGUUAUAUGAUAUAAGCUGAUAUGUUAAUUUA